AUGGCGUCUUCCUCUCUAACCUCUCUCUCCUCGAUUCUGAAUCAGCAACACUGCAUAAACCUCCACAAACGAUGCUCAAUUCUGACCGUCAGAUUCUUCUCUGUGAAGCCACGCCGUACUUCUCCCGCGUCCUCCGCUCUUGUCUACUGCCGCCGCCACUCGCCUGUUCCGACUCCCGCUCCGGCUUUCUCUCACAGGCUUUCCAGAAGCUUCUCCCAGUCGCAAUCUCCGGUUUCCAGCGCCGGAAAGUUCUCCGAAGCUCCUAGCCUCCAUCAUUUUAUGUGCAAAGCCGCCGUUGCCGUCACGGAUGCUGGCGUCUCGGAUCCGCAACUUGAGCAAGUCUCAAAUACUGUAUCCGAUGCUCUCCCAAGAGGCCGCAUAUACCAUGAGACUUAUGGAUGCCAAAUGAAUGUCAAUGACAUGGAGAUUGUUCUAUCUAUCAUGAAGAAUGCUGGAUAUAGUGAAGUAGUGGAGGAUCCCGAGAGUGCAGAGAUCAUAUUUAUAAACACGUGCGCUAUCAGAGAUAAUGCGGAACAAAAGGUAUGGCAGAGGCUAAACUAUUUCUGGUUUCUCAAACGGCACUGGAAGAGCAAUGUAGCUACUGGAAGGUCACACUCUCUGCACCCCCCAAAAGUGGUGGUGCUAGGGUGCAUGGCCGAGAGGCUGAAGGACAAAAUACUUGAUGCAGACAAGAUGGUGGACGUGGUCUGUGGGCCCGAUGCUUAUCGGGACCUUCCACUUCUUCUCAAAGAGGUUGACUCGGGCCAGAAGGGGAUAAACACGCUCCUCUCCCUCGAGGAGACAUAUGCAGAUAUAAAUCCUGUGCGCAUAUCAAAGAACUCCAUUAGUGCAUUUGUCUCCAUCAUGAGGGGCUGCAACAAUAUGUGCUCGUUUUGCAUAGUCCCCUUCACUAGAGGUCGGGAGAGGUCUCGACCCGUGGAGUCCAUCAUCAGGGAAGUGGAUGAGCUUUGGAAGGAAGGCGUUAAGGAGGUCACCCUUCUCGGGCAGAACGUGAACAGCUAUAACGACACCUCAGCUUCUGAGGAGGUCGAGUCCGGGACUAACUGGAAGUACAGUGAUGGGUUUUCCAGCAUGUCCAAGGUCAAGAAUAUGGGUUUGCGUUUUGCAGACUUGGUCGACAGGCUAGCUGCCGAGUUCCCGGAGAUGCGGUUCAGAUACACUUCCCCUCACCCGAAAGAUUUUCCCGAUGAGCUUUUGUAUGUCAUGCGGAACAGGCAUAAUAUCUGCAAGAGCAUCCAUUUGCCCGCGCAGUCGGGAAGUAGUACGGUGCUGGAGAGGAUGCGGCGGGGGUACACACGAGAGGUGUAUUUGGAGCUUGUCGAGAAGAUUCGUGGAAUAAUACCUGAUAUGGGGAUAAGCAGCGAUUUCAUCUGUGGUUUCUGUGGUGAAACAGAGGAUGAACAUCAGGACACAUUAAGCCUUAUAAGAGCUGUUGGUUACGAUAUGGCCUACAUGUUUGCCUACAGCAUGAGAGAGAAAACACACGCCCACAGAAACUAUGUCGACGAUGUACCUGAUGGUGUGAAACAGAGGAGGCUAACAGAACUUAUCGAAACUUUUCGCGAAACCACAGGUCAGUUUUACGACUCCAAAAUUGGAUCCGUGCAGCUUGUGUUAGUCGAGGGGCCCAAUAAAAGAGCACCUAAAACGGAGCUCAUUGGCAAGAGUGACCGAGGCCAUAGGGUCUCGUUUGCUAAACUACCCAUCCCGGACAAAAUCAACAAUAAUGUUAAGCGGAAUCCAGAGAUUGGCGAUUUUGUGGAAGUUCACAUAUUGAGGUCCACUCGGGCAUCUCUUCAUGGUGAAGCACUUGGUAUAACUAAGUUGAGCUCGUUUUAUGCUGAUGUGAAUGAGGAACCUCUUGCUUGCAGUAGUGGUGUUUAA